AAACUAUCGAUUUCUCUUCCACCCAUGCUGGUUUGGUUACGAAAGUCAUGAAUUUUCAAAAAAAUAUAUAUAUAUCGAAUACCCCUAAUUUAACGGUUUGUAACGAAUGUCAGUUUCUAUGAAAGGCAAUGACAUUUCGAUUUACCACUCCCCAUUCAGGAAUUCACAUAAAGCUCGACAAAAUGCGCCGGUGUUGACGUCGAGAAGUCCCCCAUUACAUAGCGAUAUAUUUUUAGCCUACGGAGAUGCUAAUGCCAGAGCCCGAAUAUCCAUGGUUUAUGUACAUAAAACCCAAGUAAGCCCGACCCAUUAUGGCUUUGGUGAUGCUACCUUCUGAUCUUCCCUGGUGGGAUUCGGUAAAGAAGCAGUUAACGAAAAUAGAGAACACUAAAAACACCACCGAGCUCAUCGAAAUCAUGCAGAAAAUAUACGAAAUGUGCAACAUAAGUUUGGAUCCGGAGGACGAUACAGCGGAUCCAGAACAGUUUGUGGGAUUACUGAAUUUUCUAGACAACGAUUUCACAUCCGAAGAAAGAAGCAACUUUAUAAAGAAAACCUUGCCAAAUAUCACUAAAAGGGCUCUUAUGAUAAAAGACUUUAGGCCAAAGGGUGGCUUACAUUUCAGUUUGCAACAGCAAGGUAAUAUUUAUAUGUAUAUAAUUCGGGUCAUCGCUAGUUGGGAGUUCAUUCGUUUUUAUAUUUUAGCGGACGAGACAGAAUUACAAUAUUCAUUUGUAUCAUCAUUGUUAGCUAACGCAUUUUUUUCCACAUUUCCAAAAAGAACCGAAAAAAGUCAUCCCACGUUACAGAACUUUAAUUUUGCAUCUUUCCUCAAGGAUUUAGGUAGCAAUUCGCAAAAAUCCAAAUUGAAAAGUAUUCUGUAUUACUUUGACGUAUUAGAAAAUAAUGAAGAAUCUGAGGGCAAUAUUAAAAUAUUUCGACAGGUGAUGAGCAGUAAGGACUGGCUCACUAUAGAUGAUUGGCUGGAAUGUAGCCUGCCGUUAUGUUCCGUCCAAAUCAGACACGAUGGCAAAUUGGAAAGGUCAGAGGCUGAAAACCUACAUAUCUGUUUCUCUAGUGCUAAACUAGGUGGAAAUAUUUUAGGGUCAGGAUGUUCCCAGGAGUGCAUCUGUUUCGCAACAAUUCCUGAAUUAUUAAUCACUCUUCUCAACGUGGAAGCUUUGGAGGAUAACGAAGUUGUAACGAUACAGGGAGUUAGACAUAUAUGCCGAAUAACGGAUCCUAAACACAGGGCGACUUUGGAAAGACUGGAAGAUAUUAGAGAAUUAACCGUGUGUUGCAUGGACGCGGACGACUAUACUAAGCUGCCCAUUGGCCAAUACGAGGAAGAUAAUAUUCUCAGGGAAUUAAACAAAUGCCUUCUCGGAUUUCAACAGAAACCGAUAUCGAAAAAACAAGAACUGCCGAAUCCAGUGGUUACGUACAAUCACAGACGAAGACGACUUUCACCGAUUGGAGAGUCGUUCAAUUCGAUUCAUUCAGAUGUUGUAAAACCGGAUAUUCCACUAAUAACACAGGAUACAUGUUCAACGAGAGCAAACUCAAUGUUAUCUUUGGACGAAGACGGUAGACAUAACACACUGGGCGUCCAAAAAAUAAUUGAAAAAAGCACUCUAAGAAAGAAUCAGUGCUGUGCUGACACUUUAGUGAACAACCGACGUGGAAGAUUCAUAGUGUUAGGAUCUUCAGGAGAAUGUCUUCCGGUUGUGAGGAACCCUUUAAGAACUCAAAAAAGUACUCAAUCGGCUCUCGCUUCGUCCAGCGAAGAAGAAUUUUACAGUGCCAAAAGUAGUUUGGACAAUGAUAGCGAAGAAGAAAAUUACCACAAAAGAUACAGCAUAGAUUUAGAAACUUUGGAGAGUAGACAAACUUUUGCUCAACGAUUAAGGGAGGCCAUGAAAGAUAAACCACCAUAUCAAAGUGAGAGUUCCAGCGAUGAAUCUGACUAUGCCAUCGGCAUUUCUUUGGCAGGAUCUGAAGUUGCCGAUUAUGAUAUAAAGAUAAGAAGGCAAAAUUCAACCGGAUUCGCACUGGGCGAAGAUGACGAUGAAAUGAUCCAUCUAUCGGGCAAGGAGAAACAAUUGGUUGACAAGUUUGAUAAUAAUCAGUCUUCAUUAUCCAGAAAAUCAUCCGAGUGUAGUUUCACUACGGAAUAUAGUUCAGAACUCGAGGAAGUAUACGAACAGUUUACACAUUGGCUGGAAAAUCCGAUUUUACAAAUAGAAACGGGAACAAAGAAGCAAUUGGACGCAAGAGAAUUGGCGGUCGUCAGGUUCGCAGGAUCUCUAUUAAAACGGACACUCAGUGAAUCAUUUGCCGGGGUACCUGUUCCUAUGGCUGAAACAUGCGAUUUAUUCUCCCGAAAAAUAACAAACUCUGCUCCAGGAAAAUCAAAACUAGUGUUGAGUGCUAAAUCGCUGAGCUUAGAACUAGCUCGACAAAAGCACAGACUGGCCUCUCAGUUGAAUUUGCAAGAAGUUUCCCCGAUAAAGAACCCAAAUAAUCGGAAAUGCAAUGCUUUAAACAUGAGUGGGCUAAAUAAAUGUAAUAAAGCUUGGUUUAUAACAUGCAUGCAAAAUGAUAUAGUUCAAACGUUAGAAGAUGUUAUAGUGCCUCUCGUGAUAGAAAAAAAGGUGUCUCAAAUAUCCCAGAAGUCAACUAACGGAUUAAGACCAGUUAGUUCAGGUAACUGGGGUUGUGGUUCAUCAAGAAAAGGGGAUGUGCAACUUAAGGUUGUUAUACAGUGGAUGGCUGCAAGUGUUGCUGGAGCUCCAUCCUUAAUUUACUACACCUAUAAACAUCCACAACUAGCGAAAUUGGAUACUGUGUGCCGAAUACUCAUAGACAGAAAAUGGACAGUAAAAGAAUUAGCAGAAGUGACUUUGAAAUACUCAAAUCAUGUGCUUAGAGGAAAGCAACUGAGUGGAACCCUAUUUGAAGAUUUGAUUGGAAUAGACAAAACUGAUAUAUGACACCUAGUUUUCAAUUUUUGAUGAAAAAUGGAAUCCAAAAAAAUAUAACAGAAACAAAACAUGAAGAUGACAAUAUACUUUAUUUUUGCAUAUUUUGUUUUAUAUCUUCCUUCCUUUGCAAGCAAGACUU